AUGCACGUUGCCAUUGGAGGCCGGGGGCGGCUCAAUCACAUCACUGCCAGACCCCCACCAUUAUCAGAUCCCAAUUAUAACCAAUGGGCACAAAAAGAUGCAAUGGUUAUCGCAUGGAUAAUCGAAAACAUAGACGGAGAUAUCGUUAAUCAAUUUCUGGACUACACAACAGCACACAGCCUAUGGCAAGGUAUUGAAGGCCUCUUAGGAUGUGGUAGGGAUGAACUACAAAUCUUUGAUUUGAGUUCUAAGGCAGCAACCUUGAAACAAAACCAUGACACUAUUGAAGUUUACUACGGUAAGCUUAACAUGUUGUGGAAAGAAAUAGAUUGA